GCAGACGGAGCAGCCGGAGCGGCGAGUGUCUCUCUCCAGCGCCUCUCUUGGAGGCUGUUCUUCGGCGACCGCUGCCGCUCCGGUGGGGGGGCUUCGAACGGGAGCUUUUCCUCGCUCGAGUUGGCGGCGUCGCCUCUGAUUCGUGGCCUGUGAUUUUCGCGCCUCUGCGGUCCGGAGGUUGCGGCGGGGUGGAUCGUCGUCCCGGCUGGGAAAUCUGGGAGCAACUCGCGCUCCUUGCGUCGACGGACGGGGCUGGCGAGGCGUGACUCAACCAAGCGGUGACUUCGACGCCGAGACAAGACAAAAUAAGUUUGGCGGCUUUUUCUUACAACUUAGAUUACGGCGUAGUAGCUGGCAGUCUACAUGAAGCCGAAAGCAAAAAUGAAACUGAUGCUGGGAAGAGGUGUCGCAUGCAUUCCGCGGCUGCGGUCAGUGCAGGAACUGACCCUGCUGCUCUCCCUCUGCGUCCUGGGGUCGGUUUUCUUAAGCUACCAACUGGGGUCCAUCAUCAGCGGCGUCGGCCGAGAAAGGCGCCCUACUGGUGGUCCCACCAUCGAUGCCAGGUAUGCAUGCGGCUUCGAUGGAUUGUCCAGCGUCACACCCGGUGAAGCCUCGUCGGAGCAAGACUACCUCAAGACGAGCGACGUUCUCCUGCAAGCACUAAAAAGCGUCGAAGCGGAUGAUCUGCUCGGCUCCCUAUUCACAAAAGUUGUCCUGGUGGGCGACUCGUCGGACCAGGCUCGGCGCUACCUGAAGGCGUUCGAAGCGCACGGAGUUCAGACCGAGAUCUACACGACGGCCGGCAGAGCGGAACAAGCCAAAUGCGACAGCUUGGCGCUCUGGAUCUGCCUCGGGCCGUGCGGACAGUUCAGGAGGAAGUGUCCUGCAGAAAAGCGAAGGAAGGUGAAUCACAUCGAAUUGCUCAGCGAACAGCUGGGAGAGCGAGACGCGCUCUGCAACACACUCAGCACCCUCAGGAGACACAGCGUGGACAAUCAACGGCACUGGUCAGCGCUACCCCUGUGCUUCGUGCUGCCCGAGCAGACGCAGCAGCUCACCGACGUGGCCGGCGCCCUGGGGCUUACGCACGCCGAUUCUUCAUCGUCCAGCUGGCUCAUCAAGCCCGUUGGUCCACAGGACAGGCGCAGGCAUCGGUCCAAGCAGGUCUCCACGGCGGCGCUCGCCGACUCGGAUUUGCUCCACAAAACGCUCUCACCACUGCUCGAGCAAGGUCGAGUGGUGGCGCAGCAGACGCUGCUACGGCCAUUGCUAGCAUCAAACGGCCGGUCGGUCCUGGUAAGGGUCUUCGCACUGGUCACAUCGAUGGUACCGCUACGGGCCUACGUUCACCAGGCGGGAACCGCUUUCCAAGGAACUGCACAGGGCGCAUGGACGAGCGACACCAAGAUUCGGAUGAGCGGGAAGUCCAUGCCCCUGAAGCAGCUGUGGCAUCAACUGGACCAAUUGUACGGGAGCUCGAGUGGGGAACAGCUGUGGUCGCAGAUAAAGGGACAGGUCGCUGCACUGCUGGUAGCUGCUGAGUACGAAAUUCUUUCUCGGAGCACUGCACUGAACAGUAGCCACAACUUUGGGGGCGCAAUUGGUAGACCGGCCGGCUUCCAACUGCUGAGUUUCGAGUUCGCAUUGAACGCCACCCUCCAGCCAUUCCUGUGGAAUGUCAACGUGAAGCCACAUUUUCUAGCUUCGCGUAGCACCGCCAUGGAUGCAGUCAAGUCUCAGAUCCUGGCCGACGUGGCUCGCAUCCUGACGACUGCUCACCAAGUGGCUGCGCAAGUCGCACUGGCGCUGCGUGCUUCUGACGCCAGCAUAGGCCUCAUGUGCCAUUUCUGUCGCCUUUCGCAUGACAUCUGCCUCACAGAAAGCGACUUAAGCUAUCUGCUACAGUCGCGGAGAGAAAGACUGUCCAGGGGAAUGUUCGUGCAGAUCUACCCAUCACUAAAGGGCACUCAAUUGAGCGAACUUCUGUCUUCCCUCGACCAGAAGAUCCAGAAAGAAGCCCUCUCCUCAGCAGCAGCCCAACAGUCCGGCGUAUUCGAUGUCAGCAAGCAGCACCAGACGGCACAAAUGCACAGGCUCCUUCUCGACAUGGAAAAAUUCUACUCCAAAAUGGACGACGAUGAGAGCAAAAGCAGGAGCGGCCCGGCUAACAGUGAAAGGCAAAUAAGGGAACAGGAACUACGCGAGGUGCUUAAUCGUAACUUUGUGUACGAGGAAGAAGAAAUCGAUUGUUUGCAAGACCCGACGGCACUGCCGUACUUACGCCUGCUUCGCGUCAGCCCGGAGCAGACCUUGUCGCCCACUUUCCAUCCCAACAAGACGGAAUACCAUAUAGACGUGCCCUACGAGCAGAUGACCGUGGAAGUCCGCGCUAGAGCCCUCUACUGUCAUGCAGAGGCUCGCCUCGACGACAGACUGGGACCGGCCAGGCCUGUGAAUUACACGCUGGGCCUCGGUUACAACCGGAUCAGCGUGGUGGUGGUGGACAUCAGGCACGCCGAAGCCCGUGUCGCUAACGCGUACGUGCUGAGUGUCUUCAGGCGUGAGCGUACCUCGAUACACGAAGCACUUCAUCCACACAUCGCCGGUCGCUAUGCAGUCUGCAGCCUCAAGCAGAGCUGCGAGCUUGUGAUUUACCCGAAGGAGCCGUGCGGGCUCCAUCUGGAGAAGGCCGAAGAAUCGUGGACGUCAAUGACCCAGAGACUGCAAGCUCUCGAUAUCUGUCGUUCAGGGCACGAAGACGGACGGUGGCUGUUGCCUUGCACCAACUGCGCAAGCUCGGAUUCGUGUAUUUGGAGUAUGGCGCGAUGGGCACCCUUAAAGUGUCGCUAUCCCGAAGUGUCCAACACCUUUCUGAAGACCUGUCUGGAAGGAAAGAAGCAGCUGCUGUUCCUGGGAGACUCGACGAACCGCGGUAUCAUGUACUACGUGCUGAUGCGUCUCAACGGCACGCUGGGCGAGUGGCACAGGAGCCACGGCAUCGCGUUGCAUGCACAGCGGCUGAACGGAGGUCGCACCGCGGCGGGCUUCGCCUACUACCCGCAGUUCUGGCUGCCGCCGAACCGGCGUCCCACGCUGGCCCGAACACUGAACCAACUGGUUGACAGCAUGCCGUCACUGGAGAACAGCGAGAGAACAGUUCUGGUCGUCGGUGGAGUGCAGUGGCUCAACCUCAAGCAGCUGUCAUCACUGACGACGACUCUGAAAGGACUCGGCCUGGACAAAGCGAAGAUUAUAAUAAAGACAUUCGGAUCUGGCUUCCACCAACGGACAGAUGGUGUUCACCGGAACAGCGUGAGAAGCCAGCAAAUCCUGGGCCAGACCAACCACGAUAUCAUCCGCCAAGCAAGCCAGCUUGGCCUAGAAGUGGUCGACACGUUUAACAUGACCACGGCGAGGUUCAAGGACUUCAUGCAAGGGAACUGCGCCUGCCACUUCCACAAGGUUGUCAGCGACUCCCUGACGACAUAUCGCGUCGAGGGUCCCGUGAACCAGGCUUACAGCGACAUUCUGUUGAGCCGCCUGUGCCAGGGACACAGGACAACGCCGGCGUGAACAAUGCUUACGUCACGUCGAGGCUAUACGAAGAAGAUACCACGUCUUUCAAGAAUAAUAUAAGCUCGCGACAGCGCGGGCUCUCCAGUGACACAAAGUGUGCAGUGCUUCAAAGUGUGUGGUGCUAAAGACGCAAGAACGUGUAAAGAAAGAAAGCCGGAUAACGGAGAAUAGCUAUGCAUGAAAUCAUCUGGAAGACGACAACGGUCAGCUGAUUUGCACAGCACGCAGCAAUAAUAACCCCCAAUCAUGGCUUCAUGUCCAUUUGAGCUUGAAGUGGUUGCAUCGCUCCUAAAACUUCGAUAUUGCAGUUUUUGCCUCAUCAUCGUGGUCAUAACCAUGUUCAGCUUAGUUAAUUUCACGGCAUGAAGAAAGGGUUCCUGCAUUAGCCCUGUCCACGCAUCUCAUUACCCCUGUCCUGCAAGAACUUAACACGCUUUAAGCAGGCAUGUUUCCAUAUUCCAUCACUCCAUCUAUUUCACGCAGCAUCUUGUGCUUUCAUCCCCAUGGCACCCAUUCUGCCACUUGCGGACUGCCGGUUAUCUGCCUACGCAUUACACGACCUGCUCGACAACACAAAUUCCUCUUUAUCUUGACUAGAACAGUCACUGACUUGUUUUUUAUCUACUAUAUACCAGUCUAUUCAUGUGUCCUGACGUUACGCCUACCAUUUUCCUUUCAAUCGCUCGUAGAGCGGUCCUUAGAAGCUUUCGGAAGUACGUAUUUUUUUUUAUUGUUUAAACAUAAUCUGGUGCCUCCAGGUGGCAGCGGUUACUCUUGACUGACUUGACGGAUGUGUACAAACGAUGCAGAUAUUACGAGUAACGAUAUGAGAGAUAUAAUACAGUGACAUAGUCCUAAAGGCCAUACAUGCACGUACAAAGACACCUACGUAAAAAAAGCGUUCUUCGGCUAUUCACAAAAUACAAAUGUGCCUGUGAAGGUCAAAUGAAGUCCUUCAUAAGGGCGCCGAAUUCAAAACGCUAUACGCUUGGGAACGCGCACACAAGAGCUAUGGAAACACGAGAUGAAGAAUAUGUACGAUUCCAAUGGAAAAGGAAUACAUUCACAAAUAAAACUUUGCUUUCAUGUA